CAACGAAGAUGACACCGAAGCUUCUGUAAUUGUGCGGGUUCGAUUUCGAUUAUGAUGGUGGAGGUUUUGAAUUUAAGCGCUGGUAAAAAAAUUAAGGUGUUGGAGCGUAAUUUUCAGGUUUUGGAAGGGUUUUUGGGUGGAUGGAAGGAUUUUGGUUUGAGAAUGGGUGAAUAGUGGAAGAUUGGAGCUUCAAUUUUUUGUAGUAAUUGGUUUCAUCUGAGAAGUGAUUAUUUUUUCUUCUUGCUUUGAGUGAUGUCACGGUCUGAUACGAUUAUGACAACUACGACGAGUACUUCGGAUCUGAACAGAGCUGGUACCGUUGAAAGAGACAUUGAACAGGCCAUUACUGCUUUAAAGAAAGGGGCUUAUUUGCUUAAGUAUGGAAGAAGGGGGAAGCCCAAGUUUUGCCCCUUUCGACUUUCUAAUGACGAAUCUGUUUUGAUAUGGUUCUCAGGGAAAGAGGAGAAGCGCCUCAAAUUAACUAACGUUUCUAGAAUUAUAUCUGGACAACGCACGCCUAUCUUUCAAAGAUAUCCACGGCCGGCAAAGGAAUACCAGUCAUUUUCACUUAUCUACAAUGAUAGAUCAUUGGACCUGAUUUGCAAGGACAAAGAUGAAGCUGAGGUUUGGUUCAGUGGAUUGAAAGCAUUGAUUUCACGGAGCCAUCACCGGAAGUGGAGAACAGAGUCAAGAAGUGAUGGUUUUCCAUCUGAAGCUAGUAGUCCUCGAACAUACACUAGAAGAAGUUCUCCCUUACAUUCUCCAUUUGUUACUAACGAAAGCUUGCAAAAGGAUAGUGGUGAACACCUUCGCCUUCAUAGCCCAUUUGAGAGCCCCCCUGAGAAUGGUUUGGAUAAAGUAUUUUCUGAUGCGGUUUAUUAUCCUAUUCCUCCGAAGGGUUUGUACCCACCAGAUUCAGCUAGUGGUUCAGUCCACUCUGUGUCAUCAGGAGGAUCAGAUAGUGUGCAUGGUCACAUGAAGACAAUGCCUUUGGAUGCUUUUAGAGUUAGUCUAUCAAGUGCCGUUAGCUCUUCUAGCCAAGGUUCUGCCCAUGAUGAUGGUGAUGCCUUAGGGGAUGUUUUCAUUUGGGGGGAAGGCAUAGGUGAUGGUGUUCUGGGUGGUGGGGCUCACCGGGUUGGGAGUUGUUUGGAUGCCAAAAUGGAUUCACUAUUGCCAAAAGCCUUGGAAUCAGCAGUAGUUUUAGAUGUACAGAAUAUUGCUUGUGGUGGGCAACAUGCAGCCUUAGUGACAAAACAAGGUGAGAUUUUCUCUUGGGGAGAAGAAUCUGGAGGCAGGCUCGGGCAUGGAGUUGAUUCUGAUGUUCCCUAUCCAAAGCUCAUUGAAUCUCUAAGUAAUACAAAUAUUGAACUUGUAGCUUGUGGGGAGUAUCAUACUUGUGCUGUGACACUUUCCGGUGAUCUUUAUACAUGGGGUGAUGGAACUUACAAUUAUGGCCUUCUGGGGCAUGGAAAUCGGGUGAGCCACUGGGUCCCAAAAAGAGUAAAUGGCCCCUUGGAGGGCAUACAUGUUUCAUCUAUUUCUUGUGGUCCUUGGCACACUGCUGUUGUAACCUCUUCUGGGAAGUUAUUUACUUUUGGUGAUGGUACAUUUGGUGUUUUGGGUCAUGGAGACCGAAAAAGUGUUUCCUUGCCAAGGGAAAUAGAGUCGUUAAAGGGUCUUCGUACUGUGCAGGCUGCUUGUGGUGUUUGGCAUACUGCUGCAGUUGUGGAAGUAAUGGUUGGAAAUUCUAGUUCCAGCAACUGCUCUUCAGGGAAGCUGUUUACUUGGGGCGAUGGAGACAAAGGUAGACUUGGGCAUGGUGAUAAGGAAUCCAAACUUGUUCCGACCUGUGUUGUAGCACUUUCCGAACCUAACUUUUGUCAAGUUGCUUGUGGGCAUAGUAUUACUGUCGCACUUUCUAGAGCAGGCCAUGUAUAUACCAUGGGAAGUUGUGUCUAUGGCCAGUUAGGAAAUCCUCAAGCUGAUGGGAAACUACCAACUCGCAUUGAAGGGAAGCUUUCAAAGAGUUUUGUGGAGGAAAUAGCCUGUGGUGCUUAUCAUGUUGCGGUUUUAACUUCGAGGACUGAAGUUUACACUUGGGGGAAAGGUUCAAAUGGUCGUUUAGGCCAUGGGGAUACUGAUGAUAGAAACUCCCCAACAUUAGUGGAAGCUCUGAAAGACAAACAAGUCAAAAGUAUUGCUUGUGGUACAAAUUUCACUGCUGCCAUAUGCCUGCAUAAGUGGGUAUCUGGUGUUGACCAAUCCAUGUGUUCUGGCUGCCGUGUGCCAUUCAAUUUCAAGAGGAAGCGCCACAAUUGUUAUAAUUGUGGACUCGUUUUUUGUCAUUCAUGCAGCAGUAAGAAGUCUGUUAAGGCUUCAAUGUCACCAAAUCCUAACAAACCUUAUCGUGUCUGUGAUAACUGUUUUAACAAAAUAAGGAAAGCUACAGAAACUGAUGGUUCAUCCCAUAAUUCUAUUAGCAGAAGAGGAAGUAUUAAUCAAGGGUCACUUGAGUCUAUUGGUAAGGAUGAUAAAUUGGAUUCCAGAUCUCAAAAUCAAUUUGCUAGGUUCUCUUCAACGGAAUCCUUGAAACAAGUAGACAGAAUAUCUUCAAAGAAAAACAAGAAAUUGGAAUUCAACAGUAGCCGUGUCUCGCCUGUUCCAAAUGGAGGUUCACAAUGGGGGGCAAUGCAUAUUUCUAAAUCUUCUAAUCCUGUAUUUGGUUCAUCAAAGAAGUUUUUUUCAGCUUCUGUUCCUGGAUCUAGAAUUGUUUCCCGGGCAACAUCCCCAAUAUCUAGGCGGACUAGUCCACCACGGUCAACUACUCCAACCCCGACACUAGGAGGACUGACAACCCCAAAGAUAGUUGUGAAUGAUACUAAGAGAACUAACGAAAGCCUCAGUCAGGAGGUUGUUAAAUUAAGAUCACAGGUGGAAAACUUAACUCGGAAAUCCCAGCUCCAAGAAGUCGAGUUAGAAAAAACAACUAAACAACUGAAAGAAGCAAUAGCAUUUGCCAGUGAAGAAACUGCCAAAUGCAAAGCAGCAAAGGAAGUGAUCAAGUCGCUUACUGCCCAGUUGAAGGACAUGGCUGAGAGGCUGCCCGUAGGAGCAGCUAGGAAUGUCAGAUCACCCUCUGACUCCAAUCCUGAUUACAAUGACUUAAACAAUUCUUCCAUUGAUCGACUGAAUAUUCAAGCAACAAGUCCAAAAUCGGAAUUAACUGGAUCAAAUAACCAGUUAUUGUCAAAUGGAUCAAGCACUGUCGCCGAUCGUACUGCUGGUCAUUGUAAACAUAGUCAAACUGAUGCAGCUAGCAGAAAUGGGAGCAAAACAAAGGAUAACGAGUCUCGUAAUGAGACCGAAUGGGUUGAGCAAGACGAGCCUGGUGUAUAUAUCACUCUAACUUCCCUAUCUGGUGGUGCAAUAGAUCUUAAGAGGGUUCGAUUCAGUCGAAAGCGGUUUAGUGAAAAACAAGCAGAACAUUGGUGGGCUGAGAAUCGGGCAAGAGUAUAUGAACAAUACAAUGUGCGCAUGAUAGACAAGUCGACCAUUGGUAUUGGGAGUGAGGACCUGGCUCAUUGAUUGAUGUGAUAACCUGUAAAUGAUCGAGAUGUUUUGGCUGGAGUGGAAGCUAGAACGUAUCAUCAAUUACAUUUGGCUUCCAUCUAAUAUUAAGCAUCGAGGGAAGCUGGGAUUGGCAUAAUAGGAUAGGAUAGGUAUUUGAUUGUAUCAUUUUAAUUUCACUUCUUUCAUUUUUUUUUCCAAUUGGAUUCCACCUUUCAUUUGCCCCCUAUAUCUACCUUGUGAGGGGAUUGUACGGUGAGAAAUGUAAAUUCUUAGUAGAUUACUCCCUCUUACUGAAAGUAGCUGCUAUGUAAAUUUCAUAAGCGAAUUAAUUUACAAAUUUUUCUUCUACACCAGUUAUAAAAUACCUUUAUCCA